AUGCGUAGCGUACCCACCCAUAACAACCCUCCUCCUGGGACUGAAGCCACCGAGAUGGCUUCGGCUUCCAGCCCGCCCGACACACUACAACGCAAGCAAGAGGCUGAGCGCCGCAUUCGAGCAACAUGCCCCUCGCCCGAGCCCGGGCUGGAAGGCGGCACACUCAUCAUUGCGCCUGUCGGUAGCGGCACCAGCAGCAGAGGCCCCAGCGAAAAGCGCAAACGCCUCUCAAAUGGUGACCAGCAAGUCCGCGAGCCAAUGCAAUGGACCGACAGAAAGACCCAGUGGCAGCUCUUUGUGCAAAUCGCGACCGCGAAGCCUACGACUCGUUUGGUAACGAAGCUUCCUUUCGACAAAAGCGUACCCAUCGCGAGGGAAGAGAGACAGGAUAAUAUCACGUUGGAUAUGCAUAUCCCCUGCUGCGGUCGCAUCGCCAUUGCAAAAGCCGAUGGUUAUCUCGAAGGACAACAUACCCAUGAAACCUUGGUAAUCGUCGAAGUGAAGGCAGCACAACGAGAUCAUAAACGGCGCAAGCAUUAG